CGGGGGAGGAAAGAAGAGGGGCGGAUUGAGAUGAGAUGAGAAAUUGAAGAAAAAUUUCGAAAAACAAACCGAGACAGUAACGAAGUAUCUAUUUAUUACCUUUCUGAAAGUGAAAUACAAUUUUUUAUUUAAGCUAAGAAUCAUACUUUCUGUUUUGGUUAUAAAUAUUGGAAUACUUUAUUAUAAAUAAAAAUGUUCCGCAAGGGAAUACCGGUGGUCAUUUUCGUAAUAUUUCUCUGUUCUGUUUUGGGCGAAAAUAAAUAUUCUCGCAAUGCUAACGAGAAAAAGAAGAAGAGUGACGUUGAUUUCAGAACCCUCGAGAAGCCUUUCAGGAUGAACAAGUUGAAUAUUUUGUGGACAAAAGCUCAGCAUCGUCUGACAGAGCCCAAGUUAAAGUCGCUAUACAGUGACCUGAUGAUCCACGACAAGGAGGAGAUCACACUGAAGCGUGUGAAGAGCGAGGGCGGGGACAAGGAGGGUCUGCGCGAGGCCGAGCUGCGCCGCAAGCUCACCAACAUCAUGGCCUCCUACAACCUACGAGAGCACUUCGAUGACCACAAGCCUAUGAAGGACAAGGAACAUGCCGCACACAACUCAGUGCUAGAUGAACACAUAAACAAAAGUCUUUUCAAAGACAAGAAGCUGAAUGCGCUGUGGGCUAAAGCAGAGACAUCCGGUUUCUCCGCUGAAGAGUUGCAAGCGCUGAAGCAAGAGUUCCAGCAUCAUCAGGACAAGAUUGACCAGUACUAUGACCUGCUGGAAACUGUUGAUGACCCUAAUGCUGAUAAGGAGAAGGAGGCCUAUAUCAAUGCUCUAGAUCAGGAGGAAAUGGAAAGGUACAAUGACAUCAAGUAUCAAGUGGAAGAAGACAAUCCAUACAAAGACUUGUCCAAUAAGGCAAAUCUCAUCCGUGACAAGCAUCGCAGCUUGAGGGAUGGACUUGACCGUUUACAUAGGAUUGCUGCUAAAGGCCCCAACAGCAAGGAGUUCAUAGAGCCGAAGGUGCAAGGGCUGUGGAAGAUGGCCGCCGCCUCCAACUUCACCGUCGAGGAACUGUCUUCUCUCAAGGUGGAGUUGCAGCACUACGAGUCGCGGCUUCUGAAGCUGCGGCACCUACACAUCGACCAUGUAAGCAACAAGGAGAAAUACCGUAGCAAGGUGGCGGCGGCGGGCGACAAGAUGGACCACUUCGACGAGCAGCAGCAGAUGAUCAAGAAGCACACCCGUAAGGUGGAGAAGAUGCACGCCGACCUCGAGGGGAGGAUCCUGCAGCGGCACUCCGAGUUGUAAACUGUUUUACUACUAUUGGAUUGUGGGGUCACUUUAGCUUGAGAAAGGAAUGAGAGGUGUCUUGCAAUCGGUGGUGAAACUUCGGUUUUCGUAAGGUAGAGUGACCCCGCUGUUCACAAAACUGCGAAUCGGCGCGCAUGCGAUCUCGCAACUUAUGGAACAUCUGCGAGUGGGAGGGAGAUGUUUUUGUGAUGCGACGUUCGCAGUUUUUUGUACCCUCUUUAGUAACUUCUAAAAUAGUUAUAUUCCAUAUAUAGGUUAUUCCAGAUGUUAAUUUCUUGGUAGCAACUAAAUAGAGCAGAGUAUUUCCAGCUGUUUCAUGCAGAACUUGAAUAUGUGGUUUAAAUGAUAUUAGUAAUUCCGUCUUCAAUGGCAAAAGGAAUACCAUUUUUGAGUGUUGUCUCUAGUUAGUAUUAGAACAAAAAGAUAUUAAAUUAUAAAUGGAUCUGAUUCAUAUUUUAGUACUUAUACAUUCUGUUCUUACCUAAGUACAUAUCUUUUUAUUUGUAAGCUAUGAGUGAAUUUAUUAUUAGUAAGUAGGUAUAUUUUAUAUUGCAUUUAUGUUUGUAUAAUUGUAGAUAAGGUAAGAACAAAACCAUAUUAUGUUUGUACAGCAGCUAUUUUAUGAAUUUGUCUAAAAUAUAUAUUUUAGUUAAUAUUUUUUAAAUGCCAAAUUUUAUUAAAAUAAAAGAUAUAUUUUAAGAACAA